CGCUUUUCGACAUUCGCAGCUUCAGUUUUCCUUCCUACACGACAUAUGGUCUCCAAAUAUAAAACCAGGGAAUCUCACGACAAGAACCAGACAUCUCUGGAUUUCAAAAGCCAUUGAUAGGAGCGAAAAGGCGCGUCCCAGGCGCGUGUAAGUGGAUGGUACUUACUGGGAAAAUCAAAUAUCAGCACAAUGCCUCGAGCGUCGCGGGCCAGCGCCGCCGCCGAUACCGACGCGUCAAUGGUGGACGCCGCGCCUGAGAGCGCAAAGCGCCGAGGCGAUGAGAUGGAAGUGGACGAGACCCCCGAUUAUACCGAUUCAGAUACCAACCCAAACACCACAGCAAGCAGCGUCGCUGGAGACUUGACAGUGGACGGCCGCAAGCGUCGCACAGAAGCAAACCAGCUUCGCAGGAGUAUAUUUGGCAGGAAACACGACCGCCUUGGCGAGUCCAAGGAGGAUGAUACUCUGCGGCGAUUCCGGUAUCUCUUGGGCCUAACGGACCUUUUCCGUCACUUCAUCGAGACCAACCCCGACCCCAACAUCCGCAACAUCAUGGAGAAGAUCGAUGCGCAAAACCAGGAAGCGACCAAGGGAAAGAAGGGAGCCAGUCGCCAGGGUGGCGCGUCUAGCGGUAGGGUUCGCCGGACAGAAGCCGAGGAGGACGCAGAGCUGCUCAAGGACGAGAAGCACGGAGGAUCGGCCGAAACGGUCUUUCGCGAGUCCCCUGCUUUCAUCCAGGGCACCAUGCGAGACUACCAGAUUGCAGGUCUUAACUGGCUGAUCUCACUACACGAAAAUGGUAUUUCGGGCAUUCUUGCCGACGAGAUGGGUCUCGGAAAGACGCUACAAACCAUAUCUUUUCUGGGAUACCUCCGGCACAUUAUGGGCAUUACGGGCCCUCACCUGGUCAUAGUACCCAAGUCGACCCUGGACAACUGGAAGCGCGAAUUUGGAAAGUGGACUCCCGAGGUCAAUGUGCUUGUCUUGCAGGGAGCCAAGGAGGAGCGCGCAGCCUUGAUUGCCGAACGUCUUGUCGACGAGAGUUUCGACGUCUGUAUCACCAGUUACGAGAUGAUCCUCCGCGAGAAGAGCCACUUGAAGAAGUUCGCCUGGGAGUACAUCAUCAUCGACGAAGCCCAUCGCAUCAAGAAUGAAGAGUCUUCCCUGGCUCAGGUCAUCAGGUUAUUCAACUCGCGUAACCGUCUCCUGAUCACUGGCACCCCGCUGCAGAACAACAUCCAUGAGCUUUGGGCUUUGCUCAACUUUCUUCUACCAGACGUGUUUGGAGACUCGGAGGCCUUCGACCAGUGGUUCUCAGGUGAAGGUCAAGACUCGGAUACUGUGGUUCAGCAACUACACCGUGUCCUGCGACCUUUCCUACUGCGCCGUGUGAAGGCUGAUGUGGAAAAGAGCCUGCUACCCAAGAAGGAAGUCAAUUUGUAUCUCAAAAUGACCGAGAUGCAACGCACAUGGUAUCAAAAGAUUCUGGAGAAGGACAUUGAUGCAGUGAACGGCGCCAAUGGCAAGCGCGAGUCCAAGACCAGACUUCUUAACAUUGUCAUGCAGCUUCGGAAGUGCUGUAACCAUCCUUACCUGUUCGAGGGCGCUGAGCCCGGUCCGCCAUAUACCACUGACGAGCACCUGGUCUACAACUCGGGCAAAAUGGUAGUCCUGGACAAGUUGUUGAAGCGUCUGAAAGCUCAAGGAAGCCGUGUGCUCAUCUUCUCCCAAAUGAGUCGUGUUUUGGACAUCCUGGAAGACUACUGUGUUUUCAGGGAGUACAAGUAUAGCCGUAUCGAUGGAGGUACCGCCCACGAGGACAGAAUCGCUGCCAUCGACGAGUACAACAAGCCCGGUUCGGAGAAGUUCGUCUUCCUUCUGACUACUCGUGCCGGUGGCUUGGGAAUCAACCUGACUACUGCAGACAUUGUCAUUCUGUUCGACAGCGAUUGGAAUCCCCAGGCCGACUUGCAGGCUAUGGAUCGAGCUCACCGUAUCGGUCAAACAAAGCAAGUCUACGUCUACCGCUUCCUGGUGGACAAUACUAUUGAGGAAAAGGUCUUGGAGCGUGCUGCACAGAAGCUGCAUCUGGACAGGUUGGUUAUCCAGCAAGGCAGGGCUCAAGUUGCUGCCAAAGCAGCGGCGAACAAGGACGAGCUGCUGUCGAUGAUCCAGCACGGCGCGGCCAAAGUUUUCAACAAGGAUUCCGAUGGUGAUGUGGUCAAGUCUGCCGACGACAUCCAAGAUGACGACAUCGAAGCCAUGCUUGCUUCCGGUGAAAGCCGUACUCGCGAGCUCAACGCUCGUUACGAGAAGCUUGGUAUCGAUGACCUGCAGAAGUUCUCGUCCGAGUCUGCCUACGACUGGAAUGGCGAGAACUUUGCCCUGGUGAACAAGAGCAAGGAUAUAGGGGCCAACUGGAUCAACCCAGCCAAACGAGAGCGCAAGGAGCAGACCUACUCGGUGGAUAAGUACUACCGCCAGGCCAUCUACGGCCACACAGGCCAGCCCAAAGAGGUCAAACCCAAAGCGCCUCGUCCCCCGAAGCAGGUACACAUACAGGAUUAUCAGUUCUUUCCACCAGAGCUUCGUGACCUGCAGGAUAGGGAGACUGCUUUCUACCGCAAGGAGAUUGGCUACAAGGUGCCUCUGCCCGACGGCGAUGAUGCUACCCUGUCGGACCGGGAGGCUGAGCAGGCUCUUGAUCAGCAAGAAAUUGACAACGCCACGCCACUCACCGAGGAAGAGCAGCAGCGGAAACAGGAGCUUUCAGAGGAAGGAUUCUCGGAAUGGAACCGCAGGGACUUCCAACAAUUCGUCAAUGGUUGCCACAAGUUUGGGCGAAACGAUUUUGAGGGCAUCGCCACCGAAGUGGUGGGCAAGACGGCUGCGGAAAUCAAGGCCUACUCCAAGGUCUUUUGGCAGCGCUACACCGAAAUUGCCGACUAUCAUAAAUACAUCAAGACGAUCGAGGACGGUGAGGAGAAGCUCCGCAAGAUCGAGCAUCAGCGCAAGAUGCUACGCAAGAAGAUGUCGCAGUACCGUGUACCAUUGCAGCAGCUCAAGAUCAAUUACUCGGUGUCGACAACAAACAAAAAGGUGUAUACCGAAGAAGAGGACCGGUUCUUGCUCGUCCAACUUGACAAGCAUGGUAUCGACUCUGACGGCAUCUUUGAGACCAUCAGAGACGAGAUCCGUGAUAGCGCACUCUUCCGCUUUGACUGGUUCUUUUUGAGCCGCACCCCAACCGAGCUCAGCCGUCGCGCAACCACCCUGCUCACUACCAUUGUCAAGGAGUUCGACGACAUGAACACGACCAAGGGCACCAACGGAACCGCAAACGGCCGUGCCAAGCGUGACGUUGAUGAUGAGGAGAAUGACGAGGACAGCAUCCUGGGAAUGGCACCUCCAAAGAAGAAGGCCAAGAACGGGGUCAAGAACAAGACACUGGAUAAUGUCAAGUCAACGACAGCAAGCAAAAACAACUCGGCAGCUCCGUCGAGGGCAUCAAGCGUCAACUCCAACACAUCACCUGCACCUCCGGCCAAGAGCAAGGCCAAGGGCAAGAAGAAAUAAACAACGCCCAUAUACAUUGUCUUUUCUUCAGUAAUUCACACUCUCCUUGUACAUAUCUGUUUGGAACUCUUUGAUGGGCAUAACAAAAAAAGAGACAUGUGGCGUUCUCGGGUGUUUUGACGACAUAGACAAGCUUGGCUUCAGGGGUAGGUAAUUCUUUUCAACUUUUGUGCACUUUGUGCUGUUUUUCACUCCGACUUUCGGGACAAGAUGGAAGGAGACGCUCUUGGGAGGGAGAAAUGGUACUACUCAUUGCGGGAGAAAUAUGCAGAAUGGGCACAAGUGCGUAGACCUUGGGGGGAUUACGAGAGAUAGUAAGAGAGCUGGGAAAAAUCUUGUUUUUCUUUUGUGAAGCAUCCCAUCGUCGUCGUUGUUGCCAUUUAGCACUACCGAACCGUUCUCCUGAGUGAUUUUUUUUGAAAGUGGUGCAACUCUUUUUGGCUUUCAUUCUUUUCUCUUGUGGUCAUGAAAACGCCCGUUGAUUAAAGCCCCUUUUUCUUUUAUCUUUCCCCUUCGUUUGCCCUCCAUGCGAGAAAAGAAGAAAAAAAGGAAAAUAUUUACCAAGAAAACGCUGUGUGAUGCCCCCUCAGGUGAACAAACUUAUGAACCAAGAAAAAAAAUGAAUAAAAACAAGCAAGGACCGAGAAAAACCAUGAAAAAAAAAGAGAAAAAUAAGCGAAACAAACUGCGGGCUGGACCGCCCACUCCAG